AUUAUUGUAACCCCUCCUUUGUAUACAUAAAGGAAGGUGAAUUUUCUGUAUUAUUCAAGAAAUCAAAUCACUCUUUCAUGCAGUCCCCUCUGCCCUCUGCCGAAAUCACACAGCAGCCCACUCUCUUUUUCUUUUUCCCUUUUUCCUCUCAUUCGGAACACAGCGGCAGUCACCAUGUCCUCCGACAAAACAACCUCUUCUUCAACUACUAUCCCAACCCUCCUCACCUUGCCUUCACAACGGUGUCCAACAUCAAGCUCCACGUUCCCACUCUCCUCAGUUUUUCAGAACCUAACUACAAAAAAUGGAGCCGUCUCUUUCUUCUCCUAAUUCGACGCUUCAAUCUUGAAGCCUACCUCAACGGCACGGCCUUACCCACCGGCAAAGAUGACAUCGAGUGGAUACAACUCAAUGCCCUCAUCCAAGGGUGGAUUCUAUCCACCGUCAAUGACGAAGUCUCCGAUCUCGUCAUCUCUUCGACUACCUCUGCCGCAGAUCUAUGGAAAUCCAUUCACAAUCUCUUCCAUGACAACAAGGCCGCUCGGGCCAUGCAAUUGGAGCAAAAGUUCUAUAACACCGUUAAAGGCUCCUCCUCGAUCAACACCUACUGUCAGAAUCUCCGCAACAUAGCCGACCGGCUCGAUGAUGUCGAUGCACCAGUCACCGAAGGUCAACUCGUUCUGCAAACUCUACGCGGCCUACCUGAAGAUCUUGGUGCCCGAGCCUCGUUCCUGCAAUUCCAGAAGCCGCAGCCCACCUUUAUGGAGACUCGGUCAGCCCUCCUCUUGGAGGGCCUACAACGGCCGACGGACAGUGGCGGAGAAGGUUCUACCGUUUUGGCAGCAACCGGUGGUGGGCGGCCCAGUCACAACGCCGGACAUCAGUCCGGUCCCUCCUAUGGCAGCGACAACAUCGGGCAACAAAACAGAAGCAGCAACCGUGUUUCUGGCACCGGCAGUGGCGGACGUGGCGGCGGGCGCUCAAACCGAGGACGUGGUCGCAGCCGGAACCCUAGGACAUAUUCUCGGCAACAUACUAGCAGCAGCGUACCAAGGCAGAUCACUUACCCAAACUUGGGUCCUGGCCUUUUGGGACCUCGCCCAAACUCACCUUUCUACUCGGCCCAUGCAUACCUAGCCCAACCCUCCUACCCGCCCAGUCCCUACCCAAAUCCCAAACCAAUAUUNUUUGACACCAUGACCCUACGGGAACCUUCGUGGAUCAUGGACACUGGAGCUUCCCACCACAUUGCUUCUGACCUAGGAUUCUCGGAUGGGCACCGUGAUUCAUUGAUCCAAUAAUGACGGCCCUCUCUAUCACCUGCGACCACUAGACAAUUAUGCCCAGGUCAACGUUGCCACAACCGCCCAGACAUGGCAUCGUCGCCUUGGCCAUCCAAGCAUUGCGGUCCUACGUGGCAUUCCAAAUUUAUACUCUCUCCGUCUCGGAGUAUUCGUCCAGUUUUGACUUUUGGAACUGUUCAUCUAAGCACUUUGACUCAUCAAAUUCUCUCAAUGUGUAAGCUUAAAUAUAGUCAUGUGUGAUCU